GGGGCGGCACCGCAGCCGCCGAGCUCCCUGCGCUGCGCGGCCGCGGAUUGGUCGGCAGGCGGGGGGCGGCGGCAGCCGGGGGCUCGGCGCGCGGGCGCUGCGGGAGGGGCAUCGGGGCGCGCCGGGCCGGGCGCCGCCGCCUGGGUCGCUCGGCCGAGCGGGCGCGGACACCAUGGAGAGAGGCACAGUUGGAUGAAGAAGGGCAGUUUCUUGUCCGAAUAAUAUACGAAGAUUCUAAAACGUAUGAUCUGGUUGCUGCCGCAAGCAAAGUCCUCAAUCUCAAUGCUGGAGAAAUCCUCCAAAUGUUUGGGAAGAUGUUUUUCGUCUUUUGUCAAGAAUCUGGUUAUGACACAAUCCUGCGUGUGCUGGGAUCUAAUGUCAGAGAAUUUCUGCAGAACCUCGAUGCCCUGCACGACCACCUUGCGACCAUCUACCCGGGUAUGCGGGCGCCUUCCUUUAGGUGCACCGACGCCGAGAAGGGCAAAGGGCUUAUCCUGCACUACUACUCGGAGAGAGAAGGCCUGCAGGACAUUGUCAUCGGGAUCAUAAAAACGGUAGCCCAGCAGAUACACGACACUGAGAUAGACAUGAAGGUUAUUCAGCAAAGAAACGAAGAAUGUGAUCAUACUCAAUUUUUGAUUGAAGAAAAAGAGUCAAAGGAAGAGGAUUUUUAUGAAGAUCUUGACAGAUUUGAAGAAAAUGGUACCCAGGAAUCACGCAUCAGCCCAUAUACCUUCUGCAAAGCUUUUCCCUUUCACAUCAUAUUCAACCGGGAUCUCGUGGUCACUCAGUGUGGCAAUGCCAUCUACAGAGUCCUUCCCCAGCUCCAGCCUGGGACCUGCAACCUCCUGUCUGUCUUCUCCCUGGUCCGUCCUCAUAUUGACAUCAGUUUCCAUGGGAUCCUCUCCCACAUCAAUACGGUCUUCGUAUUGAGAAGCAAGGAAGGGUUGUUGGAUGUAGAGAAAUCAGAGUGUGAGGAUGAACUGACGGGCACUGAGAUCAGCUGCUUACGGCUCAAGGGCCAGAUGAUCUACUUAUCUGAAGCAGACAGCAUACUUUUCCUGUGCUCACCAAGCGUCAUGAACCUGGACGACCUGACCCGGCGCGGGCUGUACCUGAGUGACAUCCCGCUGCACGAUGCCACGCGGGACCUCGUGCUGCUGGGGGAGCAGUUCCGAGAGGAGUACAAGCUGACCCAGGAGCUGGAGAUCCUCACGGACAGGCUGCAGCUCACAUUGCGCGCCCUGGAAGAUGAAAAGAAGAAGACAGACACGUUGCUGUACUCUGUCCUUCCUCCGUCCGUGGCCAACGAGCUGAGGCACAAGCGUCCGGUGCCCGCGAAGAGGUACGACAACGUGACCAUCCUCUUCAGCGGCAUCGUGGGCUUCAACGCCUUCUGCAGCAAGCACGCGUCUGGGGAAGGCGCCAUGAAGAUCGUCAACCUCCUCAACGACCUCUACACCAGAUUCGACACGCUGACGGACUCCCGGAAAAAUCCGUUUGUUUAUAAGGUGGAAACGGUCGGUGAUAAGUACAUGACGGUGAGUGGGUUACCAGAGCCCUGCAUCCACCAUGCACGUUCCAUUUGCCACCUGGCUUUGGACAUGAUGGAAAUUGCCGGCCAGGUCCAGGUAGAUGGUGAAUCUGUUCAGAUAACAAUAGGGAUUCACACAGGGGAGGUAGUCACUGGUGUCAUAGGACAGAGGAUGCCUCGCUAUUGUCUAUUUGGAAAUACUGUCAACCUCACAAGCCGAACAGAAACCACCGGACAAAAAGGAAAAAUAAAUGUGUCUGAAUAUACAUACAGAUGUCUCAUGACACCAGAAAAUUCAGACCCACAAUUCCAUUUGGAGCACAGAGGCCCAGUGUCCAUGAAGGGCAAAAAAGAGCCAAUGCAAGUUUGGUUUCUAUCCAGAAAAAUUACAGGAACAGAGGAAACAAAGGAUGACAACUGAAUCUUGGAUGUCGGGGUGAAGAGGACGCGGUGAGGUCCAGUCUUCCCCUCACUCGUGCCAAGCCUGGGAGCAGUCCUUCCCUUGGUCCUUUUCCACUUCCCCAAGCCUUUCUCCGAGUUAUCUCUUUCCUUAUUCAUUAUUCAGCUUUAGCUCUGCUUUUGAGUAUUUUCAAGGUUUAGUAUAUUGUCUGAAGUUUGGCUUCGUGUGGGUGAUGUGAGCUUCACGUGUCUUAAAAUCUACUACAAGCAUCACCUAACAUGGUGAUUUGCAAGUAGUAGGCACCCAAUAAAUAUUUGUUGAAUUUAAUUAAAUGAAACGGAACAGUAUUUGGCCAUGUGUCUAUAUAUAUAUCUAUAUCUAUCUAUCUAUAUAUAUAUAUAUCUAUAUAUAUACACACCAUGGUUUUCUAAAUCUGUUCAGUGCUCUCUCUCUAUAUAUGCAUAUGUAUAUUUUAAUGACUAUAACAUAUAAAAAAGUUUUAUCAUGUUGGUGUAUAUCAUUAUAGAAAUCAUUUUCUAAAGGAGUGAAUUCAGAAUUUUAGGGAAAAAACGCAAUUUAUUUUCAGACUCCCCAAAUAAGAAUUAAUAUAUCAUGCUAAGAAAAUACUGACUAUUUUGAAUUAUGCUAACUUUCCUUCAGAAAUAGAGAAUACGCAUUUCUGUUAUUAAACUAUUGGGUUAUUCAUUCAGAUCACGUGGCAAUUAUAAUUCCUCUAAAAUGCUGUCGUUUGCAUUGUACCCCUUUUAUAAUUAUAAAUCUCACUAAUCCCAUGCAGCUGUUAAAGAAAGCGGCACUGUUUCACAAUGAGCUAUUGCGUUAGUUUGGGGUGAAUGUUAGGGGCUCUGACCACAUCCAAGGAAAAAGCUGGAAGCAUGGCUCUGGGGUGUUCCUGUUGGUCAGAGCCCCUCCUGGCCCUUUAUUCCCAGAAAUUAGCUCCUUUUUCUUAGCUCACAAGAAUGUGACUAUAUCCAGGGCAUCAUGUUCAGAAAACUUACUUUAAUUUCGACAUAGAAUGCAUUCUUAUUGGAUUCAUUAGCUUGUUGUCCUUCAAUAUCUCUGAUAAUUUAUUAACAUCUAUCUUUAUAAAAUAUAGUACAAUUACUUUUGUGUAAAAAUGUUUGUCUUUAAAUUUAGCAUUUCCUAUCAGCACAUUGAUAUUUGUAUAAAAUGUUCUGUGUUCAUGUGUAAGAGAUCCUGCAAUAAAUUAUUUUUUCCACUUGU